CCCCGCCCCCUUGGCAAUGUCUACAGCCUGCUGCACUCCCAAUUUAAGCAUUUAUUCCACUGGGAUAGAGGAGUCUAGAGCAGCGCUAGCACCAAAAAACCAUGGCUGGGAUUGUAUAUUUCACCGUCUUUUCGCUUCUCUUUGGAAUUUGCGAGGGUGUCACCGGUUCUCGGAUAUAUCCGGCCAAUGAAGUUACCUUAUUGGAUUCCAGAUCAGUUCAAGGUGAACUUGGCUGGAUAGCGAGUCCCUUAGAGGGAGGGUGGGAGGAAGUCAGCAUUAUGGAUGAGAAAAAUACACCAAUCCGCACUUAUCAAGUCUGCAACGUAAUGGAACCAAGUCAAAACAACUGGUUACGGACUGAUUGGAUUCCCCGUGAAGGGGCUCAAAGGGUUUAUAUUGAAAUCAAGUUCACACUAAGAGACUGCAACAGCCUGCCAGGUGUUAUGGGAACUUGCAAGGAGACUUUUAACCUGUACUAUUAUGAAUCAAGCAACGACAAGGAGCGUUUUAUUCGAGAAAGCCAGUUUGGUAAGAUUGACACCAUUGCUGCUGAUGAGAGUUUUACUCAGGUAGACAUUGGCGACAGGAUUAUGAAAUUAAACACAGAGAUACGUGAUGUGGGUCCAUUGAGCAAGAAGGGAUUUUAUCUGGCAUUCCAGGAUGUAGGUGCUUGCAUAGCCCUGGUGUCCGUUCGUGUCUUCUACAAGAAAUGUCCCCUGACAGUCCGUAAUCUGGCUCAGUUUCCAGACACAAUCACAGGAGCUGAUACAUCUUCUUUGGUCGAGGUUCGUGGUUCAUGUGUCAACAACUCAGAAGAAAAGGAUGUGCCAAAAAUGUACUGUGGGGCAGAUGGUGAAUGGCUGGUACCCAUUGGCAACUGCCUGUGCAAUGCUGGGUAUGAAGAGCAUAAUGGAGAAUGCCAAGCAUGCAAGAUUGGAUACCACAAAGCCUUCUCAACAGAUGUUGCCUGUGCCAAGUGCCCACCUCACAGUUUCUCCAUCUGGGAAGGUUCUACUUCUUGCACCUGUGAUCCAGGCUUUUUCCGAGCAGAAAAUGAUGCUGCCUCCAUGCCCUGUACUCGUCCCCCAUCUGCUCCUGAGAACUUGAUCUCCAAUGUCAAUGAGACAUCAGUGAAUUUGGAAUGGAGUUCCCCCCAGAACAAAGGUGGCCGUGAAGAUGUCUCUUACAAUGUGGUGUGUAAGAGAUGUGGAGCUAGUGAUCUGAACCGCUGCCGGUCCUGUGGGAGUGGUGUUCACUUCAGUCCUCAGCAGAAUGGUUUGAAGUCCACGAGGGUUUCCAUUACAGAUCUUUUGGCACAUACUAACUACACUUUUGAAAUCUGGGCAGUGAAUGGAGUAUCCAAGCAAAAUCCAAGCCAAGACCAAGCUGUGUCUGUCACUGUGACCACUAACCAAGCAGCUCCUUCUCAAAUUGCUUUGAUCCAAGCUAAGGAAAUAACAAGGCACAGUGUGGCAUUGGCUUGGCUGGAACCUGACCGGCCAAAUGGAGUCAUCUUGGAAUAUGAAGUUAAAUACUAUGAAAAGGACCAAAACGAGCGUAGCUAUCGCAUUGUGAAAACAGCAACCAGAAAUACCGAUAUCAAGGGCUUGAAUCCUUUGACUUCAUAUGUCUUUCAUGUGCGAGCAAGGACAGCAGCUGGAUAUGGAGACUUCAGUGGACCGUUUGAAUUCACAACCAACACAGUUCCUUCUCCCAUCAUUGGUGAAGGCACCAAUCCCACUGUCCUUCUGGUCUCAGUGGCUGGCAGUGUUGUCCUCGUGGUCAUUCUCAUUGCUGCCUUUGUCAUCAGUAGGAGAAGGAGCAAAUACAGUAAAGCUAAGCAAGAAGCAGAUGAAGAGAAACAUUUAAAUCAAGGUGUCAGAACCUACGUAGAUCCCUUUACCUAUGAGGAUCCCAACCAAGCUGUGCGGGAAUUUGCCAAAGAAAUUGAUGCCUCAUGCAUAAAGAUUGAAAAAGUCAUAGGUGUUGGUGAAUUUGGUGAAGUUUGCAGUGGCCGUCUCAAGGUUCCAGGGAAGAGGGAGAUCUGUGUGGCUAUCAAAACACUGAAAGCUGGAUACACAGACAAACAAAGAAGGGACUUUUUGAGUGAGGCCAGCAUAAUGGGACAAUUUGAUCAUCCCAACAUCAUCCACUUGGAAGGAGUAGUCACUAAAUGUAAACCUGUCAUGAUUAUAACUGAGUACAUGGAGAAUGGUUCUUUGGAUGCCUUUCUCAGGAAGAAUGAUGGCAGAUUUACUGUAAUCCAGUUGGUAGGAAUGCUCCGAGGAAUUGGUUCUGGAAUGAAAUAUUUGUCUGACAUGAGCUAUGUUCAUCGAGAUCUAGCUGCUCGAAACAUACUAGUUAACAGCAACUUGGUCUGUAAAGUUUCUGAUUUUGGUAUGUCCCGGGUUCUAGAAGAUGAUCCUGAAGCAGCCUAUACGACUAGGGGUGGUAAGAUUCCUAUCAGAUGGACUGCACCAGAAGCAAUUGCCUAUCGUAAAUUUACAUCUGCUAGUGACGUCUGGAGCUAUGGAAUUGUCAUGUGGGAAGUGAUGUCAUAUGGAGAGAGGCCUUAUUGGGAUAUGUCCAAUCAAGAUGUUAUUAAAGCCAUUGAAGAAGGCUAUCGGCUUCCACCCCCAAUGGACUGCCCCAUCGCUCUACAUCAGUUGAUGCUGGAUUGCUGGCAGAAAGAACGUAGUGACAGACCUAAAUUUGGACAGAUUGUCAACAUGUUAGACAAACUCAUCCGCAAUCCCAAUAGCUUGAAGAGGACAGGCUCAGAAAGCUCCAGGCCUAAUACUGCUUUGCUGGAUCCAAGUUCUCCUGAAUUCUCAAGUGUAGUUUCUGUUGGUGAUUGGCUUCAGGCUAUUAAAAUGGAGCGAUAUAAGGAUAACUUCACAGCUGCCAGCUAUACUACCUUAGAGGCUGUGGUGCAUAUGAACCAGGAUGACCUGGCAAGAAUUGGAAUUACUGCCAUUGCACACCAGAAUAAGAUUUUGAACAGCGUCCAAGCAAUGAGGACCCAAAUGCAACAAAUGCACGGCAGGAUGGUUCCAGUUUGAGACAGUACUGAAUAAACUCUAAACUCUUGAAAUUAGUUUACCUCAUCCAUGCACUUUAAUUGAAGAACUGCACUUUUUUUACUUCUUCUCCUUGCCAUUGAAAUAACAAUAAUAAUGAUUUGCAGCACUGUUUGAUAUAUAAAGAUUGCUAAUAGUGUUGCAAGGAGGGAACCUACAAUAAUGACAGGUCGUCAUUUGAGAACAAGCCUGGAACAAAUUGUUUCCUGGAAUACACUUAUAUGUGGAUCAGCAUUAUGUAAUAUACUUGUAUCUAUAAAACAUCCAUUCAACUUCUGAAGCUGUGUUUCCUGCCAGAUACUGCGCUUAAACAAAGGAAAUACUGUUGUUCACCCCAGCAGCCAUGGGAUUACAAUUAUUGUGUUUGAUCUGUGGAUAAACCAUUUUUUUCCCUUCAUCUUUUAUUGGAACAAAGAAUCUUCUGAACCAGGAAAUGUUGGCAUAUUCUAGGCAUCCAUGGUACUCUGCAGAAAGCUUAAAGGAAAAUAUUUGGAUGAUCAGUGCCUCUCAAGAUUUAUCCACUUGCAAUCUAAGACAGGGAGCAACCUUCACGGAUUACUGGAUUUAUUUAUUUUCUUUUAUCGAGGGAAGAAUGUUGGUUGUGGUUGCAUUAUACUGAGUAUAUCUGUCAUGGUUCUAGAAAUCAUCUUACUAGUCAGCCAUUCUUAAUGAUGGAUUUUCCAAAUCUGCAUCUAACCAUCCUUCAAGAGGCCACUGACAGUGCAAUACUGCAAAGAUAGUUUCCUUAUCCUUUCUUGAUACUGGAAGUCAUCAACUUUUUUAAAAUUUUUGAAUAUACAUCAAUAUCAAUACAUGAACAGUGAGACAUCUGGUUAUCAUUCAUUGGAUACAAGUUGUAAAGGCAAAAUGGACCCUGCUUUCUUGAAAUCAGGCCUUUCUGGUGAUCAUCUUAACCCUGGAAGAUAACAGACUAGAGACAAGCACCUUCAAUUGUCUCAGUUUAUUCAGCACUGACUUAGAGAAAAUGGACCACGAAUAAGCAGCUUUUACUUCCUGAAGAGUAUCUCUUUGGAUUUCUUCCUUUUGAAAAGGUUUUGUCAGCAACAAAAAGCAAAUAUAAGAUCCAGAUAAAGUUCUUUUAUUUCCACUUAAGGAAUGUACUGUAUAAAAGCCCUACAGACAUAUAUACACAUGCACCGUGCAUACACACACACACACACACACCUACAUGCUGUGUCUUUUUUCCCCCCCUUGCAUGUUGUUGCUAUGUCUCUCCAAAUGUUAGUAUCGGAGCCAUAAGGACACCAGGGCAAUGUACCCCUGUGCAGAACUUAGUUAACAAAAGCUGAAAUUGCAUAUGAUAGUCCAGCGAUACUUUAUGGAAAGUGUGCCAAUGCUAAAAUGUCAAUAUUUUUUAAUAGAAUGGAAAGUAACUUAUUGCUUCCAAGAUUGUGUGAGGAUAUGGAUGACUUUAAUGUGUGUGUGUGUGUGUGUGUGUGUGUGUGUGUAUGCAUGCAUGUGCGUGCGUGCAUGCACAUGUAAUAAGUUUGUUGCCUGUUGCACAGGGCCACCUGUGAAUAUGCAGAUAGCAUCUCAAGAUAAUUUGACAGUUUGUGGCUGGGCUGUUGAGUUACCGGGCCAGUAGGUGAGCUAUGCAACAGUAGGGAGAAAACACACAUACUCCUGAAUGUUCCAGUUCUGUAUCUAUACAUAUAUUAUGUAGCUGCCACACUAACCUUAAAAAUUAGUUCUCUAGCCUAGAGUAGGGACAUUUUCACUUUGGUUGUGGAGUGAUCCAUCAUGAGUUCCAUAAUGGCUAAAGAACAGCAUUGAUAAACAUUAGUCUUGCCAAGGCUGUUCAUUAUUGAAUCAGUGAUACCUUAAGGUAAAGUAGAUAGAGAAUAUAAGUCUUCACCCAUCAGCAGGUUGCUUUGAACUGGACUAUUUUUCUUUUUCUGGAAAAACAGUAUUGAAAAGACUUGUUGAACACAAAGAGAAAUAUGCAAUCCUUAUCCAUUCACAGAAAUGAAUUAUCCCAUGUGCCAUUUGCAAGAAUUUCUGGGCUUAUAAACUGACCGUGGAACAAAUUAUUCCUUCCCCCUCACCCAGCUGAAUAAUAUGAAAACAUUUAAAAUGAUCAAAACACAUUUAAAAUUUGAAAAAAAGUGACCAGGGUAUUUUCUCUGCAUUGCUACAAUAAUCUUUGACAAAUAAUAAUUGGUACUUGCUAGAAAGAUUGAUAGACCAUAGAGACUUUUCCUUUUCUAUAUAUAUAUAUAUCGAUUUUGGAAGCAGGUGGAUGGAGACAACCUGGAGACUAUACUGCCAUUCCAUAUUUUGAGCUCAGCCAUUGAUAUAUUUGAUCUGUUUUCUGAUUGCAGAAUAGUUUUUCUCUGCUGAAAUACAGUGCAUUACAAGUUAAAACAGAAUAGUCAAACCGACAUUACUGAGCGAGAAAAAAUAAAAUAAAAGAAUGUGUAAAUUUUGCAUUAAAAUUUUCUAGCGUUUUUGGAAUUUUUUAUCAAAACAUCUUUGCCUUUUCUCCUUCCAUCCCUACAGUUCUCUCUACCCUCUCCCAUUUUUGUUGUAUUCAUGAAUGCAAAGUCUAAAACCAAUUUUUGGGGCUCAGGUAUUUGUGCUGUUGGCAAUAAAAAGGCAUGAAACACUAUUAAGGAGCCAUGAGCUGCAUGGACUGCAAAGCCAGGACACAAUUGCAAUCAAGUAUACUAAACAAUACACAUUGCCCAGUAAAAGCCAGAAUGUUGUAUAGAACUGGCCUUCAUUUCUUCCUGGUUACAGAAGAGACAUCAACAGGACUAUUUUAACACAGCAAACCUCUAUACAUUAAGGAAAUAUCUGCUUACAACCUCACUGGUUAAUGUUUGUCCAGGUUUCUUGCUGUAUUAAAUUUGUGAUGGAUUUGUGUAUUAAAUAUAUAAAUAUAUAUAUGUAUAAAACAAAAAGCUGGUUCUAGCCAGUAACCAGAACUUCAAAGCAGUAUUUUUCUUUUACAUGCAUUUUCAUAACCAGAAAGAAAGCAUCCUGAAUAUUAAUUAGACAGAUUAAGAAGUUAAAAAAAAAAGAGAGUGCAUUUAUUUUUUGUAUCACUGCAAAUGUGUUGGAAUAUGCAAGGACUGUUUUAAAAAAUUAGAAUGUAUGAGGCAUAUGAUACUUUAGUCCAUACUGGGAGAAAAGAAAUCUUAACAGUGCAUUGCUUGGGUUUGCAGAUUUGAACAAUAUCUCAGAUAGAAAUAUAGAUUUUCUAUUUUAUUUUAAUUUGUAAUUUUUCCCUCUCCAUCAAUGUUAGGUACACAUAACUUAUGUCAUUUAUUUAUGGUCUUUUAUACCUAGUUUGUAAAAUUGUAAAAUAGCAAACUAAAUGCAAAAGUUUGCAUUUGAAAAUAAUAAAGUAGUUGCUGUACAAAUC